AUGCGUGAAGAUCCUGUUACUGUUUCACCAUUUUCAAAUAGGAAACAAGAAUGUAAAUAUGGUUCCAGUUGCCGUGAACAAUCCGAUCCAAGACAUUGCGACCAUUUUCACCAUCCUACAAGAACAUCAUUAUUUGUUCCAUCGGCUACGGCUAGUAGUCACUUAUCAAAUAUGAACUCAGAUACUACACGUUCAUCGCGUAUUCAUACAAAUCAUGGUGAUAAUGGCAUGCAAAAAGCUUAUAGUAUUGGUGGUGCGAUAGCUUUAGAAAGAUUGAGCCAACAGGAUCAAACAACAAUAAAAAAUAUGCGUGAGGAUGCUGUUAUUGUCGUACCAGGCACCUAUGACCAUAUUGAUCAAGUAUUGACGAAACUUAAUUUAAAAUUUACCACUGUUCAACAGCAUGAAUUAAUGAAUUAUCCAUUGAAAACUUAUCAAACAGUAUAUAUUAAUUGUGCCUCCAACUUUCCUAGAGAAGCUGCUUAUCGUUUACGAGAAUUCGUUGAAAAGGGUCUUCAUAUAAUAACAACCGAUUGGGCAUUAAGAAACGUUUUACAAGUAGCGUUUUCUGAUUUCGUUACACAUAAUGGAAAAUCUACACACGAUGAAGUUGUUGGUAUUGAAGUAGUAGAUCCUAAUCAUGCAUUUGUUAACGGUUUCAUAUUAGCAGCUACACAUGCUGAACCACAAUGGUGGCUUGAAACUGGAUCACAUCCGAUUGAAAUUGUUGAUAAAAAACGAGUUAAAGUUCUUAUUCGUUCACAGGCUUUAUAUGACAAAUAUCAAUCUGAUGCUGUUAUUGUUACAUUUGAUUGUGGACAAGGUAAUGUUACACAUAUGAUUUCACAUUUUUAUUUACAACGUUCCGACACACCUAAUGCUCGUCAUAAGAUGUCUGCUCAACAAUAUGCACAAGACAUUAAAGCAUCAGAUAAUAUUACCAAACUAAUUAGUAAAGAUGGUCAAAAUUUGAACUAUGCUCAGAUUCAAUCAUCAGCAACUUCAGCUCAAUUUAUUUAUAAUCUAGUUUCGAAUCGUCUUAACUCUACAAAUCAAUCGACUUCAUCAACACAUAGUCGAAAAAAUUUUCAAUAA